AUGACCGGCAAGGGCGAGGACCCGGCUAUUAUCGGGAUCAACCUCGGUACCACCAACUCGUGUUUCGGCGUCUGGCAGCACGAUCACGUCGAGAUCAUCGCCAGCCACCAGGGCAACCGCACCACCCUGUCCUACGCCGCCUUCACCGACUCCGAGCACCUCAUUGGUGAUGGCGCCAAGAACCAAGUCGCCUGA